UGAUACUUUAUGGGAUCUGGCUGUAGCUGAAGUGGAGAAGAGAGAGAACCCUGACGAUGAUGGCAAGCAUGUGGAAGUUUGGGAAAAAUCAAUAUUAUUUAUGGGAAAUAAACAUGGGGGAAAGACCACUAUUAUACUGAGGUGUCUUGAGAGGGAGGAGAUUCCAAAGCCAACAUUAGCUUUAGAAUACACUUUUGGAAGAAGGACAAGGAGACAAAAUACACCGAAAGAUAUAGCUCAUUUUUGGGAACUGGGUGGUGGAACCUCAUUAAUGGAACUGAUUCGAAUACCGAUCACUAUCAACAACAUAAGGUCAUUUGCUGUAGUUCUUGUGUUGGAUUUGUCCAAACCUAAUGAACUCUGGAAUACUAUGGAGCAACUUCUGCAGGUCACCAGAAACCACGUGAACAAAAUUUUAACCAAACUAGAAAAGACAAAUCCUGAAGUAGCUGCUGAAAUUAAACAGAGGAUGCGGAACAAUCUGCAGAGGGAUCAUCCAGAUUAUGAGUUAGUUGACCCUUUUCCAAUACCCUUGGUGAUAAUUGGAAGCAAAUAUGAUAUUUUUAAUGACUUUGACUCUGAAAUGAGGAAAAUAAUAAGCAAGACACUUCGAUUUGUUGCACAUUAUUAUGGAGCAUCAUUAGUGUUUACCAGUAAAUCUGAGGCUCUUCUGCUGAAAGCUCGUGUUCUUAUUAAUCACUUGGCAUUUGGCUAUGAUAGAAGCAAGUCUGUAUCAGUGGAUCACAGCAAACCGCUAUUCAUACCAGCAGGCCUGGAUUCACUAAGCCAAAUAGGACCACCACCUGCCUCUGACAGUGAUAUUGGAAAGGUGCGUGCAAACACACCAUUGGAACUGUGGAAAAAAGUAUUUGAGAAAACAUUUCCUCCUAAGAGCUGCCACGAUUUAAAAGAUACCAAGGACCCUGCACAGGAUUUACAGUACACUGAGUAUGAAGUUGAUGUGAUGAGAGCUCAGAAAAACCAGGAACUUGAACAAUACAAAAGAAAUGCCUCUAAAUCCUGGAAAGAAAUGGAUUUUGACCCUGAUUGAUGAACGACUAUCUGUCUUCAGCUUAACAUUUACAAAAGAACUUUCAUAAUUUUAACAUUACACUAGCAAUGUAAUCUGUUGCACUUGACAAUAUAGAAUAGCAAACUACAAAAUCAGUAUUUAUUAAGCAUUCCUGUUACUGUUUUUAAUAAAAAUAGUUGUUUAUCCAUUCAGUUCGAAUUUAAGUACAUCCUGGUUCUGACAGUUUUAAGCAGUGGGGAGAAAGGAAUCCUAGAUUGUUCAGAGAUGGGUUUGAAUAUGAAGACUGGCAUUAAUCAGUUCUAC